AUGAGCUCCAUAGGGCAUGCACUGCCUGGAGCUCCUACCUCACCCGCACCUCUAGGAGGGUUCGCUCAACAAGCACCGUCUCACCCUGCUGGAGUGUCAGCUCAUACGUCAGGCAUGCACUUUGGACCACAACUACACCACUAUAGUCCUCAAGCUUACCCAUCGAACAUGGCGAUGCACAUGCCUGUGCUGCGCACUCAGGUAACUUCUUCUGGGAUGCACCCUCAGUACUACUACAGUGGCUACGGCGCUCCUGCUCCUCAGGCUCCCAUGCAAAGGCAAGGACAGCCCAUGACAGGGUAUCCGACGAUGCCUGCAAUGCCCUACAACAGGUCUGAGUCGAACAACCAACCAAACCACUUUGUGUCAUACUUGAGUCAUCCUAGACCCGAGUUGGUUACUCAGCCCACCCCGUCCUACCCCAGAGGUCCUCCAAGGAAGCCUAGACAAUCCGGCCAUGCGCUCUGGGUUGGAAACCUACCCCCUGCCACAACCAUCAGCGAUCUGAAGGACCAUUUUUCACGUGAAGCGACCAACGACAUCGAGAGUUUGUUCCUCAUCUCCAAGAGCAACUGCGCUUUUGUCAACUACCGCACAGAGGCUGCGUGUACAGCUGCCAUGGGCAGGUUCCACGAUUCGCGAUUCCACGGUGUGCGUUUGGUGUGUAGACUCCGUCGCGGGACACCCACUGAAGGAUCCUCCUCUUCGACGACACCCGAUUCGGUGACUCCUGAGUCCAGUAACGAGCUUGUUAAGCCCGGCAGGAAGGAACUUCGGAGAGCGACUUCUGGACCGGUCAUCGUGGAUAGUUCGUCUAGUCGAUCGCCAAAGAAGGAGAUCCAGCAUGAUGGCAUCGAUGGUGUGGAUGGAGUUGAUGGACUUCACAAGACUGGUGGCCAAAGCCCAGCACGUGUGCCUGAGAAGUAUUUCGUUGUCAAGAGUCUCACGUUGCAGGAUCUCGAGGCCAGUGUGCGCAGUGGAGUGUGGGCAACGCAGAGUCACAACGAGGUUGCGCUGAACAACGCUUAUGAGACUGCCGAUAGCGUCUUCCUCGUCUUUUCUGCCAACAAGUCUGGAGAAUACUUUGGCUAUGCUCGUAUGACCAGCCCCAUAUCGUCGCGCCCAACAAUCGCAUCGACGAAACUACAACCCAAGACCAAAGAUCUGGACAGCGGACCAAAAUCUAUACCGACCCCAGCAACACAAUGGGCACCAAAGGGACGCAUCGUAGACGACUCAGCACGUGGAACCAUCUUCUGGGAAGUCGACAACACACCAGAGCAGGCACAAGAGGAAGCAGCCACCGACGGGGCCUCCCCAGUACAGCAACCCGAGCAAGAAGAGAAGGAAACAGGGUCUCAACGACAGAGGCAAGAGUGGGGCAAGUCUUUCCAGGUCGAUUGGAUCUCGACAAACAGACUUCCCUUCUACCGCACCCGCGGUCUGCGCAACCCUUGGAACGAGAACAGAGAAAUCAAAAUCGCGCGCGACGGUACAGAGAUCGAACCGAGCAUCGGACAACGCUUGGUGCAGAUGUUCCAUCUGCCUGUGCCGCUACCCAGGAGCAAUUACCAGGCAAGGAAGGAGUCGUAG